AUGACGACGGAGGCGAGCGUUCGAGUGAUCGCGUCCGUGGACGCGGACGCGUCCGUGGACGCGGACGCGCGCGCGAAGGGGACGAAGACGAUACCGCACGAUGCGUCGACGCGUGACGUCGAUGCCGACGAGAAGGUCUCGGACGACGAGAGGGACGAGGCGAAGGCGAUCGAGCACGCGAGCGAGGGCGCGGAGGAUGAGCGUAGACGCGCGCGAUUGAGCGUGAGCGAUGACUCUCGAGAGCGCACGGUGUUCAUCGGCGGGACGUCGCACGAGAGCGACGAAGACGCGGUGCGCGCGCACUUUGAGAAGAAUUUCGGCCCGGUGGAGAGCGUCAAGUUGAUCUACGAUCGACAAACGAUGGCGCGGAAGGGGUACGGAUUCGUGAAAUUUUUUGAUGUCGAUGUGGCGCGGAAGGUGAAGACGCUGGAGAAGUUGGUGAUCGACGGGAAGGCGGUGGACGUGAAGGAGGCCACUCGGGACGAGCCAGUGGGCGGGCAUCGAGCGCGCGCUUCGAGGCUCUCGAGCGGUGGUUCCAGAGACUCUCUGAGCGAUCUUGUGGCGAGAAUAUCCAUUGGGGAGGGUGGUCGACAGCCUCGCAAGAGCGGAGCGGCCGUUCCGGUGGCUCGACCGGGAUCAAAGGUGACCGCGAAGGGGGCGACGCUGGCGAGCAGCCCGAACUACGUCGGUUCUAUGGAUGAUCAGACCGAGUACGAGAGCGAGGGUAGCGGGGCCUCAGCGUCAUCGUGUGCGCCGGGGACGGAGAGCACCGUGUUUUGCGGAGGGCUCCCGAUCGAGGCCACGCCCGAGGCGCUCGGUUGGUUCUUCUCUCACUACGGCGUCGUUCUCAGUGUCAAGCUCAUCUACGAUAGGCGGACAGGGGUGAGCAAGGGAUACGGCUUUAUCGUUUUCGCCGAUGUGGCCGUCGCGGAAAUGGUCAAGGCGCAGCGCCAAAUGCCGUUCAUGGGCAAGAUGAUCGACGUGAGCGAAGCGAUGCGACACGUCGGACGCCCCGACGAUGCUCGUCACUUACCCAACGGUUUGGGGGGUUACGGGUCCAAGCGAUACGGAUCUCAAGGCCCAUUCUACCCUCCGUACGCAAUGUACCCGCACAUGGCGAUGGGCAUGCCGCCGCACGUCAUGGGCGCGAUGCAUCCUAUGAUGCAUCAGGUGCCGUACCCCGGCUAUCCGGGCAUGUACGGCGCCGUCUCGUACGUCGUCCCUCCGCCAGCCACCGAAGAGGAGGCUGAUGAAACGGUGAGCGCCGACGAGCCCGCGACUGUCGCCGCGACCGACGAAACUGAGUAG